CCAGGAACUGGACACAGGAACAGGAUCUCAGCUAACGGUGUGGGCAAGAUGGAACCUGGCUACACUGCUCCAGAGAUCUUCACACUGAUGAUGCAAGGCAUCACCUCUGUCCUCGGCAUCGGGGGCAACGGGCUGGUGAUCUGGGUGGCUGGAUUCCGGAUGGCACGCACAGUCACCACCUUGUGUUACCUGAACCUGGCCUUAGCUGACUUCUUCUUCUCUGCCACCAUGCCAUUCUUCAUGGUUCAAAAUGGCAUGAGAGGACAAUGGCCUUAUGGCUGGUUCCUAUGCAAGUUACUUAACAUCACGAUCGACACAAACCUGUUUGGAAGUGUCUUCCUCAUCGCUUUCAUUGCUCUGGACCGCUGUGUUUGUGUCCUGUAUCCAGUCUGGGCCCAGAACCACCGCACUGUAAGGCUGGCUAAGAAAUUGAUCAUCGUACCCUGGAUUCUUUCACUGCUCCUUAACUUGCCAGUUCUCAUCUUCUUUACUACAUUAAGAGAUGAAGAAGAUAAUAUAUACUGUAGUUUCAACCCUUACUUCUGGGGUAACAUCAGUGAAGAACAGAUCUUGCAGAGGAUCUUCACCACCUUAGAAAUCAUAGGGAUCAACCGGUUUGUCACUGGCUUCACUGUGCCAAUGUCCAUCAUCACCGUCUGCUAUGGGCUCAUUGCUGCCAAAAUCCACAGCAAAGGCAUGGCUAUUUCCAGCCGUCCCAUGCGGGUGCUCAUUGCUGUCGUGGCCUCCUUCUUCAUUUGCUGGUUCCCCUUUCAACUGUUUCUUCUUCUGCUCACACUCUAUGUCAGAGAGAUUUCUGAAGGAAAGUAUCAAUUCAUUCUUCUCCUGGUACACCUAACCAGAACCCUGGCCUUCUUCAACAGCUGCCUCAACCCAAUGCUCUAUGUCUUUCUGGGUCGAGACUUCCGAAAGAGACUGAUCCACUCCCUGCCUGCCAGUCUGGAGAGGGCCCUGACCGAGGACUUGGCCUCAACCAGUGACACAACCACCAAAUCUGCUUCCUUUCCUACAGGGGCCGAGUUACAGGAGAUGUGAGGGGAUUGGGGUCAUUUUUGAGCUUUGCCUGCUCCGACCCUUCUCCCUGUUCCAGCUUCAACUCACCUUGGGUCAUACUGUUAGGUAUAACUUCCCUGGCUAAGAGAACACAGAAAGAGUUCAAUAAGGAAACAUACAUAUGAGGCUAGCCUUGGGUCUAGUAAGAUGACAUAGAUAUCCUCCAUGCCACAUGGCCGGAGAUAAGUUUAUAGGACAGGGAAGGAUGGUUAGGGUACUGAAGAAAGACCACCUCAGAUAAGAGGAAACUGCCUUACAUAUUUGCCAGGGGCACGAUGAGGGCCCAUUCCAGGAACCAUGCCUGGGGCACAGGGGAGAGGUUAGACCAUCUCUGAGGGGAUUUAUGGGAAGCAGUCUCUAUUCUGGCCUUAACUUAUCUUGACCUGGCUAGACAAUCUGGCAGCGGUCAUACCACUGAAUACUCUCUUCUCUACACUGAACCACACAUCAUGAAAAAUACUUUGAUCCCUCUGACUUGGGGGAUAGAAAUUGCUGUCAUUUUGGUUUUGGUACCUCAGGCUAUACCCUGGGGUAAGUGGAGGU